AUGAUGAACAACGCAUGUAUGGUAAGGAAAAUUCCGCCCUUUAUGAAAGAACUGGAAGAGACAUACAAUAUAUGCUUCAGCGGAAUGAACAAAAUUGAAAGGUGCAUAUUUGGAAAGAAGGUAGUAAGGCAAAUAAAUAGCAAAUAUAUAGAAACGUAUCAACUAUGUAUUGUACACUACCAACUAUGUAACAAAGAGAAAAUAUAUAAAAUAUCAUACAUUCAAGAUGACUUAGAGUUAUGUAAUAGUUUCUUUGAUAGAGAAUCAAAAAUGUAUAUAUCUAAUGAUGGGGAAAUUGGAUGUUUAUUUUGUAAUAAUGAAAAUAAAUUAAGAAUAGACUUAUUUAAAAAUGAAACAAAUAGUGGACAAUUUUUUUUAACAUGUAUGAACAGUGUUCUUAUAAAUGAUAUACAUAAAACAUUUUUUAUAUAUGAAUCGUUUUGCUCUUUUAAUUCAAAUAAUAAUUUAUUAAUAUAUAGUGCGGAAAGUGAUGACAUAAAAUUAAAAAAAGAAAAUAAUUUACUUCCAAAAAAAGAUAUAGACAUGUUAAAAAAGAUAAAUAAUGGAUUUUAUACUGAAAAUUUUGGUGAGCAAUAUAAUUAUUCCUUUUUUUAUUUAUAUGUAUAUAACUUAGUUGAUAACAGUAUUAAGUAUAUAACAGUAAAGGAUGUUUCCGCUUGUUAUUAUAGCCCUCAUUUUAUCGACGAUACUUCCUUCGUUUGUUUGGCGUAUAAGACAGUGCCCUAUCGACUUGGUAUUUACGCUUUCAACACACGGCCAAACGACCUGUACUUGUGCACUCUCAACGAUGUGGACCUGGAACCCCUUAAGGUUAGUAGUAACUGUAGCAGUAAUAACGUUACCAAUGUUAGAAAUAGAACCAACAGAAAGAGCCAUAUCCGGUGUGCUUAUCUGAAGCUGUCUGGCAAAAAUUUCAAGCAUACAUGCUCCCCCAUGGUAAUCAAGUCCGAUGAUAACUCAAUAGUUUAUAUAGCUUGCCUAGUUGUCUUUACAAAAAAUGAGGAAUGCCUACAACAUAUCACGCAAUAUAACCUAGUGCUAAUUAAACUAAUAAAAGAAGAUAUAAAACAGAAAUAUGUCAAGAGUAAUAACAAUUUUACUAAAGACAUAUACGAGGAUUUUUAUGAAAACGAGUCUUGUAGAAGCGGUGAACAUAGCAGCAAAGAGAACAACAAUGGAUGCGGGGCGGAGCCGAGUGCUGGUGGAAGUUAUCACAGUAACGUGGUCAUGUCAAACGUAGAUAUGUUGAAUAUCAUUGUACCGAACGCAGCUGAGCCUUGCGCUGUGUCUACCGCUGGUCCGAACGACAGUAACAACUGUGGAAGCAGUAGAGACGACUUGUGCAACUACAAGAAGGUAGAAACGGAUGUACUAAUAAAAGAAGGGCAGCACACGCCGUUCUUUAGGGGCUUAUAUACGAACGAGAUUAAGGGGUACUGUUACCCGUACAUAUUUCUGAACAGCAUUUUUUACAGUAACAGAAUUGUUAUUGCUGUACAUAUGUUUACAAAAAAAUUAUUUCGAAUAUAUAUAGAUAAAAUAUAUAAUGAGUAUGACAUAAAUACUAGUGUCGAAAUAUUAACUAUGAAAAAUGAUAAUUUGUUUUUAAGUAUAAAGAAUAUGCUAUUAAAUGAUGUGUUAGUGUACUGUAUAUUUGAUGAGUCGAACAUUAAAGAUGAUUUUAUAUAUUUGACAUAUUUAAAAAGCUAUAAUAUUGAUUUCUCAACAUAUGAUACUAUAAAAAAAGAGAAAAGCAUUAUCUAUUCAUGUAUAAAUGAUAAUUCGAAAAAACUAUUUAUGAUGCUAAGUGAGAUGGAAACGAGUUUAUUUAAAGGAAAACAUCCAUAUAUAAGAAGAAAAAAUGCUAGUUUUAAUUUAUUAUAUGAAGAGGAAAAAGACUAUAUACAUGAUAUAGAACAAAAAGGAUUAAAUUUACCAAAUUUUAAUUUAUUUAAUUCGAAAAAAUUAAGAAAUUUAAUUUUAUAUAUACAUGGAGGACCUUAUAGCACAACCAUAAAUGAAUACAAAAAUGUGUUCAUAUUUUUUGCUGCAUGUGGAUUUGAUAUACUAUGUAUUAACUAUAUUGGAUCAUUAACCAUAUCGGAUAAAGACAAUAUACUGAAUGGUUGUGUAAACUCUAUCGAGAUUGAUGAUAUAAUAGAAAAUUUUAAAGAUUUUUAUAACUGCUUCAGUGAUUAUGAAAAUGUCUACUUAUAUGGAGGAUCAUAUGGAGGCUUUGCUGCCUGUUCUAUUUUAACAAAAUAUAAUAUAUUUAAAAGUUGUUGUGUAAUAAAUGGAGUAUACGAAUGGAUUUUGUCCGCCUACUCAAGUGAUGUUACGCAUUAUUUUCUUAACAUGUCUGUUAAUAAAUAUUGUGAAUACGAUUGCUAUUUUAAUAAAAAUGAAUAUGCACAAACAUAUGAAUUAUCUCCUUUAAAUUUUGUACAUAAUAUAUCUACACCUAUUCUAAUUAUUUGUUCAAAAAACGAUAUGAGAGUGUCCUAUCAUAACAGUUUAUCUUUAUAUAACAGACUCAGAGCACUUAAAAAGAAGUCGAAGUUAUUUCUAUUUGACGACUGUAAUCAUUCCAUUGACAAUUAUACCUGUGAGGAAACCAUGCUUAUCAACGUAAUUUUGUGGUUUUACGACUACGAGGAUAAAAAGAGGAAGUGA